CAUGCGUGGCUGCGGCUCCCAGCGCACCCCGCGCAGUCCUCGGGAGGUGUGUUCGCGGUCACGCACGGGGAGCUGACACCCUCCCUCUAAGAGGCCUGGCUUGGUCCCCUUCGCUGCUCUCCCUUCAGAGGAGGAAUCUCUUCGCGGCCUGUCUUCGGCGCGCAGAGGUUUUGUGAGGACGGCUAGGCCGCCCAGGGCCAGGAAACCCGGCGCUGGCCCCAGACUCCGCCGGCCCGCACAGACCUCCACGGCGGCCUGGGCGCUCCUCCCUCCCGGAGCCCGCACGUCCUGCACCUCCCACAGGAGUCCUCGCCUCUCCCCACCCCAACGCUUGGUGUCCGACGCUACCCCUCCGGGCAUGGCUGUGCGUCCGCACCCCCCCUUCCUUCGGUUCCUUCCGUUUUCUCCCAGCCCUCCAGCCUCGCCGAGUCCUCCACGGCGCUAAAAGAAAUGCGACCCGGACAGCCACAUCCCGGGGACACAUCUUGUUCGGAGAAGAGGCCCAGUUUGGGGACUUCGGUGUACACAUUUACCCGUGUCAGUGGCCAAGGGUAUUUGAUGUAUUUGAUUAAUCAGCCUGGAAUACCUGUUCGGGCAGACACUGCCGUUCUCCCUCCCCGCCUUCCCCGCGUGUCCAAUGAAGCAGGUUGCCCUGGGAGGUGUGGUUUGAGUCUACUUUGAGCUGAACGUGAGGUUGACUGCUGUGUGAGAGCAUGGACCUUCAGACGGACGCUCCCCUGGAGGUUGAGGGGUGCCUGAUAAUGAAGGUGGAGAAGGACCCCGGGUGGACAUCGGAGCUGGGUCUGGAAGAACCGGGGAGCUCAGAAUCUGAGACCCUGCGCAAAUGCUUCCGGCAUUUUUGUUAUGAGGAUGUGAGCGGACCCUACGAAGCUUUCAGUAAACUCUGGGAACUUUGCUGCCGGUGGCUGAAGCCAGAAAUGCGUUCCAAGGAGCAGAUCCUUGAGCUGCUGGUCGUUGAGCAGUUUCUCACCAUUUUACCGGAGAAGAUUCAGGCGUGGGCACAGAAGCAGUGUCCGGAGAGUGGCGAGGAGGCGGUGGCCCUGGUGAUACAUUUGGAGAAAGAGGCUGGAAGACUAAGACAGCAGGUUUGCAUUCCUGUGCACUCAGAGAAUCAAGCCCCACUUGGAGCAGUGUCAGAUGUGGCAGACUUUCAACCAGAGACCCAACCCAGAGCGAUGUCUUGGGAAGAAGCUGGAAGCCUGCACUCAGGACACCAGGAGCAGCUGAACCCAAAGAGAGAACAUCAGCCCUUACCCAAGAAUGCUCAGCCUUCUCCCUGGGUUCCCAUCCCUACUGAAGAAUGGAACAUCAUAGAUCGGGAAGUAACAACCACAAAACUUCCUGUUGGGUUUCAGGGACCAGUGGAAGAUGUCCACACAGCAAGAGGUUUUUCCUACAAGAAGUGUGUACAUCAGAUUCCUACUCACAGAGAUGUCUACUGGGAUAUUAGAAAAGAGAGUGUUGGAAACAUGGUCUCCUUGGGAAGUACAGUAUCUACUUCUAACAAAAUGGCCCAGGUGGAUCAAAGAAAGGAGCCCUGGACCAUAGGUCUACAUUCCUCUAAUAAAAGGAAUACUCUACGAAGUAACUACAUCAAGGAAAAGCCAGUUCAUACUAUUCAGAUUCCUGCAAGGAAUGCAGGGAAGAUGUGGAAAGAACAACAACAGUGGGGCUUAGAAGAUGAAAAAAUAGCAGGUGUGCAUUGGAGCUAUGAGGAAACAAAGACUUUUCUUGCAAUUCUCAAAGAAUCUCGAUUUUAUGAAACACUUCAGGCUUGUCCCCGAAACAGCCAGGUAUAUGGUGCUGUAGCUGAAUGGCUGCGAGAGUGUGGCUUCCUCCGAACCCCAGAACAGUGUCGAACCAAGUUCAAAAGUCUCCAAAAGAGCUACCGAAAAGUAAGAAAUGGCCAUGUUCUUGAGCCCUGUGCCUUCUUUGAGGACAUGGAUGCACUGCUGAACCCUGCAGCCCAUGGGUCAUCCACUGACAAGCUAAAGGAGACUGUGUCUCUCCCUAGACUAAAGGAAAUUGGUGUCAGUGCUAAAGAACAGAUCAGUUUGAUGGAAGAGGAAGCUGCAGAAGAAUCUGAUAGUGAGGAAAUGGGCAUCGAAUUCCUCCAGAAGUCUGAGAUGCAUGGCACCCCUGUCUUGUUUCAGAACCUGAGCGGUGUACACUGGGGCUAUGAGGAGACCAAGACUUUUCUUGAUAUUCUCCAUGAGACUCGGUUUUAUGAAGCACUUCAGUCUUGUCAUAGGAAAAGCAAAUUAUAUGGGGCUGUGGCUGAACAGCUGCGGGAAUGUGGGUUCCUUCGGACACCAGAACAGUGCAGGACCAAGUUCAAAAGCCUUCAGAAAAGCUACCGCAAAGUGAAAAAUGGCCACGUGUUAGAGUCCUGUGCUUUCUACAAGGAAAUGGAUGCCCUAAUAAACUCUCAGGCAUCUAUCCCCUCUACCAACACCCCAGAAGAAGUCCCACCACCCUCAAGGCAAGAAAGAGAGGAUAUUGAGGUUGAACCCCAGGAACCUACAGAUUGGGAACCUGAGGAGACCUCACAAGAGGCAAUAGUAGAGGAUUCUGUCAGCGAGAGAAUGAGUGAGGAGGAUAUUGUACAAGAGUCAGAAUUCCAAGGACCUCCAGGUCUACUGCAAAGCCCCAGUGAUUUUGAAAUUGGAGGUAGUAUCAAGGAGGAUGCAACACAGGUAAUAUUUAAAGAUAUGGAGCAGCACAGGGCAUUAAUACAAAAGUCUAAAAGAGUUGUUUCCCAGAAUACUGAUCCAGGUAAAUAUUGUAAAAAGGAACGCAUCUCAGGAAAAUGGGAAAACCAUCAAGAAAUUAGACAGGGAAAGCUGAUGUCUCAGCCUAGAGAUUUAGGGAAAGUUGUAAUGCAUCAGAGGCCUUUCAUGGGAAAGAGAUCCUACAGACUUCUCAAGUAUGGAGAAAGCUUUGGAAGGAGCACUCGUCUUCUGUGCCGGAUAACCCACCAAAAGGAAAAUUCUUAUAAGUGUAGUGUCUGUGGGAAGUGCUUUGGUAGAAGCAGGAGCCUAAUCAGACACCAAAGAAUCCACACAGGAGAAAAACCUUUUAAAUGUUUUGACUGUGGGAAAAGCUUUAAUGACUCUUCAAACUUUGGUGCCCACCAGAGAGUCCACACUGGGGAGAAGCCCUACAGCUGUGAAGAGUGUGGAAAGUGCUUUAGUCAGAGCUCAAGUCUCAUCAUACAUCAGAGAACCCACACAGGUGAGAAACCCUAUCAGUGUGGAGAGUGUGGGAAAAGCUUCACCAACAGUUCUCAUUUCAGUGCCCACUGCAGGGUCCACACUAGUGAGAAUCCCUACAAAUGCAUGGAUUGUGAAAAAAGUUUCAAUAACUAUACACAAUUUCGAGAGCAUCGGAGAGUACACUCUGGAGAGAAGCCCUAUGGAUCUGCCCACUGCAGCAAACAUUUCAGUAAGAGUUCUGUUCUGACCAAACAUUGGGAGGUCCAUGUGAAAGAAAAGGUGCCACAUCCUCCAUCCGUGUAUUUCCCAGAGAACCCACAUAAGGGAAGGAUUGAUGACUUCAGGAAGACUUUUUGAUAAUGAUCUCUUCUUCUCUUCCUCAAUGCCCUUUAGCCAUCCUCCCCUGAUCUCAUUCCUGGGAUCUUUUGUUAGCUAUAAAGUGUAAUCCCCAAGAUAAGCUUGAGAAUAUAAAUAAAGACUUGGAUCCAGUUCUUA